AUGGCCAUGACGCCGUCCGAACAGAAGCGCAGCUCGACUGGCAGUCGCGUGUUGGGCAUGACGGGCCCAGCAGGCGAGCCCGGCCUGCCACCCUCGCGACCGUCGUCGAUUGCGACUGCCAAUUCGGGCAGCCAGAACAGAUGGUCCCAGGCCAGCCCUGCACGACGAGGCGGCGGCAUGAGCGUCGCCGGCAGUCUAGGACACAGCCGCCCAACCACGUCUGCCAGUAGAACCCAUGUUCCGCUGGCAGCCCACGGCUUCUUUCGCCCCAUGAGCUCGCAGCGUCUUCAACAACAACGCAACCAGCGCCCCAAUUCCCUCCUCGGCCACGGCUCGCUCUAUUCCGACGCUACACACGAAACGGGCAGCAAUCCGUACCGCCAGAGUACAGGCUCUACGCAAACAAUUCGGCACGGCGCCCCAACCCUGGGCCUCCAUCACGAGCUGGACCCGCAGCCUCCGCCGUCGCGCGGCACCGACAUCACCGAUAGAGACAUGCCCGACCGCACCACAGCCAACACCACGCCCACGGGCGCAGAAACAGUGCGCAGUCGAGGCGAGAGCAUCACUCCCCUGCAGCGACCCAGGCCUCAGCACCUGGAUCUCUCCAAUGUUCAUGGCCACGAUCCCGGCAAGCUCCCAACGCCCAGCAAAUCGCCCCGCUCUUUCGGUUCCAGCUUCAUGUUGUCCAGUCGCGACGGACGCUCAGCCCAAAUACGACCCCAUCAAGGACACGAGAAACUCACCUCUGCCGAGUCGUCACCCAGAAUAGCCCGCAAAGAAGCUACUAAGGAGGCAGUCAAGCGGGAGCUCGGCAGGAACUACCAGUACUUCUCUGGCAAUACCGCGUUUUGCUGGGGCGGUAGAUUACAAAAUACCCGCGACCGUCCAGUCAACGUCGCCACGGCAAUCCUCAUCAUCUUACCUGCUGGCCUUUUUUUCGGCUUCUCGGCCCCUUGGCUAUGGACCAACGUUUCUCCAUCGAUACCCAUCCUCUUUGCAUAUUUGCUUCUCGUCUCCAUCUCCUCUUUCCUUCAUGCUUCAGCUUCAGAUCCGGGCAUACUUCCCCGAAAUCUACAUCCAUUCCCCCCUCCUAAUCCUAAUGACGAUCCGCUCAGUCUCGGUCCGCCCACCACUGAGUGGACCAUGGUGGUCUCCGCAACCGGUCUUUUCCUCCUGGGCGCUAGUCUGGCACACAUACUAGUCUGGCGGGCGCAAACUGGAGCAUCCUUUGGCGAGGCCAUCGAUCGAUGGCGUGUACCCUUUGCCAUGUGUAUAUACGGACUCCUCGGGUGGUCAUAUCCCUUCAGUCUUGGCAUAUACCAUCUGUUCCUGGUUGGUAGGGGCGAAACGACACGUGAAUAUUUGAACUCACACAAGUUCCUCAAAAAGGAUCGGCAUAGGCCCUUCACGCAGGGCUCCGCGUUAAAAAACUGGGUUGCUGUAUUACAGCGACCACGCCCACCGACCUAUCUCCAUUUCAAGAGAAAGUACGAGGAGGGCGACCAAAGGUUUGGCUCGCGCAAAGACAAACGGACUGCGCCUCUAGUGCCAGAGCAACAGGGCGGCGGGGUGGAGAUGCAGGAUGUUAGUGGGUCUGGGGCAUUCCAGGGCCCAGCCAGUAGGUCAGGACGUGACGCUGCAGACGCGACUGUGGCAUGA